UGACGGAAGUAGACGUGGAGUUUUCGGAUUGUGCAGCGGCUCGGCUGGAAACGUUGACAUUUCUGUUUUGACAUUGUUUGUCUGUUGUUAUGUUUUAUCGCCGUGGUUUAAAAACGGUUUGCCGUUAUUAAUAAAACGGACGUUUAUUUGUUUUUUAAAAGGAGAACGUUAUGGCUGUAACAAUGGGGUUGAUGAGUUAGCUUGCUGGCUAAAUUAGCUCGAGCUGUCAUUCAUUGUCAUGCACUUAGAAGUUGCGAAACAACAUGAAAGAAGCGUCGUGUGAAAAAAUACGAGCUGCAGUAGUAGGAUAACGGAGACCAGCAUGAAUGUUUAUUCAUUACUGUAGGUAGGAGUCUCCAAAAAAAUGUCUCCAGUCCCUUUGAUUCCCCUCAUCAUCAACUGUUGCAUGUCUAUACUGGGAUGUUUUGCAACACUCAAGCUUAUUCCAGCCUUCAAGGACCAUUUCAUAUCUGCCAGACUAUAUGGCAAGGACAUGAACAAAACAACAAAGAAUGAAGUCCCCGAAUCUCAAGGUGUGAUCAGCGGCACAGUUUUUCUCAUCAUCCUAUUCCUCUUCAUCCCUGUGCCUUUCCUCAGCUGCUUUGUAGGAGAGCAGUGUCAGCGUUUCCCUCAUAAUGAGUUUGUGGAGCUGAUCGGUGCACUGUUAGCCAUCUGCUGCAUGAUCUUCCUCGGCUUUGCUGACGACGUGCUCAACCUGCGAUGGAGACACAAGCUACUGCUGCCCACUAUGGCCUCACUGCCUCUCCUCAUGGUCUACUUCACCAACUUCGGCAACACCGUCAUAGUAGUUCCCAAACCGUUCCGAGCCCUGCUGGGGAUGCACCUCGAUCUGGGUAUCCUGUAUUAUCUCUAUAUGGGAAUGCUGGCUGUGUUCUGCACGAACGCUAUCAACAUCCUGGCUGGGAUCAAUGGCAUCGAGUCCGGCCAGGCUCUCUUCAUCUCCGCUUCCAUCAUCAUCUUCAACAUACUGGAGCUGAAUGGAGACUACAGAGAUGACCAUGUUUUCUCUUUGUACUUCAUGAUCCCGUUCUUUUUCACCACACUUGCUCUCUUCUACCACAACUGGUACCCUUCAUCUGUGUUUGUAGGCGACACCUUCUGUUAUUUCGCUGGCAUGACUUUCGCCGUGGUCGGGAUCCUCGGCCAUUUCAGCAAAACCAUGCUGCUCUUCUUCAUCCCUCAAGUCAUAAACUUUAUCUAUUCUUUGCCGCAGCUCUUCCAUAUAGUUCCGUGUCCUAGACAUCGCCUGCCCAGAUUACAGUCUGACACCGGAAAGCUUGGGAUGAGCUACUCAAAGUUUAAAAAGAAGAACCUUGGACAAUUAGGACAGCUCAUACUGAAGGUGGCAGAAACAUUAAUGCUGCUGGAUGUGCGAAGAGGUCAGGACGGAGAUGAUGAGUUCAUCGAGUGCAAUAACAUGACUCUAAUAAAUCUAGUGCUCAAAAUACUCGGGCCCACACACGAGAGAAACCUCACAGCCAUUAUGCUGUUAAUACAGGUCAUUGGGAGCGUGAUUGCUUUUGGAAUUCGGUAUCAUUUGGUUCGACUCUUCUAUGAUGUCUAGCAGCAAGCCAAGAGAAUGCAUAGGAGCAAGAAGAAAAUUCCAGUUCCUUACUUAAAAAAAAAAAAAAAACAUUAAUAGUUAUGAUGGUUUAAAAGCCUGUUUCUGUUUACUACCUACACAUGGAUUUGGUUUACUACAGUCCUAAGUUCUGUGUGUCAGGAAACGGACACUGAAAGAAUGUAUUCUAUAGAAACUUGCCUAAUUAAAGAAAGGACAAGGAGUACAAGGCA